CAAUGAGUUUUUUGAAGAAUUGWACUGUAUACUGCAAACGUUUUUUCGCUUUAUACACCGAAUACUGAACAUUUUAUAGCUAUUGCUAACUUGUGGAUCUUGCUCUUUACGAAGAAUAAUUGCAUUAAUCAAGCUAUUAUUGGACUUUCAUAAAGCCUUUAUAGGACUGGAAGAUUGGUGUGGGUAUUAAUAAUUGCCUGCUUUCAGUUAUAUUGAAAGAGUGACGGUCAAGAGCAGAAGUGAGUCCUAAUAUGGCUGUAGCGUCGACUUGGAGAAGUAAUCUUAAACCGAUCGAUUCCAAUUUGCGAAACRAUUCGCUGAARGAAAAAAGUGCUUCUUACCUGGAGCUUUYAAGAAAUAYUUCGUUGAAGACAUGGCCGAAGAGGACUGAGCCAGGCAAUAAAAGACAAACCGAGCAAAAUAUUGGAAGCAAUUCACCGAGAGGAAAGUAUGACUCUUCUCUUGAGUCAAUAAAAACUGAUUCUGUAUUGAAAACAUGGCCGAAGAAGAGCAACGAAGAAAGURUUUCAAGAGGAACUGAGAGAAAAAGUCCAACGUCUAGAUGGUCUCAUUUAUCUGCAACAAAAAGCUUCAAAAGAUCCAAGUCACCAAUAAAGGYAACACCAAAAAAGAACAAUGAAAGAGAGAGAAUUACUGCAGAUGAGCUACUUGCCAGAGAAUUUUCGCCAGAAAAAGUUGUUACACCUAGGCAACGCUCGAGUGUUUUYCURCGAACCGUAGAGAUGUUUGAAGGCGAAAUCCCAGGAAAGCUUCAGAACGCUAAACCUGAAGAUAACGAAGUUAAAAUAGAAAAUGCAAAACUUGACUUCUGCUCAAAUGAGAUAGCAGACAUGAAAAGGUUUAUUGCACAAAUAGAGGAAGACUUUUUGCUGAUUCGAGAAAACAUUGAGAAGACAAAAGACAGAAUAAAAGAUUUCAAAAGCGAAGAUCGAUCAAGAAAGCUUGGCAUAUCUGAGUGAAAUUGUUAUUACAUGCAUCAGUAUUUACGGAGAAUAAUGCGUCCACAUUUUGAAAAGUGGGAGUGGAAUCACUAAAUUAUAACUCUUAAGGGAAUUAAAAGCUUCUCAGCUAAWGUCAAGUUAAUAUAAUACGAAUGAUAUACAAAUAUAAUCGUAGAUAAGUUAACUACGAAACUUGUUCUAAGGCACAUAUUAUAGUAAUUCAUUUUUCAAAAUGGCGAACACAUUGUUCUCCGAACAUUCUGAUGCAAUUUAUAAUGUCGUUUUGAAAAUGUAAUGAUUAAUAUAUUUACAGGGAUACUUUACUAUAGCUUUUGAUUAGUCUCAGCAAGGAACGGUCAAUAUAAUUGCAAUGUUUGUAAUAAAUGUUCCUUCAAUAAUUUUGAAAAUGAA